UUUAUGAAUUCGAACUCAUUUCCGAGCAUAAAGUUGACGAGGCGGACAUUUAGCGAGAUGCGCUCCCAAAUUAUCUUUAUAACUUUUGCCAUAAUACUAGUAUUAGUACAAAGUCAUUGGAGUUUGAGAAGCGAAGACAGAUGUAUCAACUACUAUAGAACAGGAAGGAACUUCGAUUUAAAUCAGAUGAACGGUGAAUUCUACGCUGUGUAUUUCUGGCCGCCGAUACAACGCGAGAGGGAUACCUGUGGAGUGUUGAAUUUUAGAAUCAUGUCAGAUGAAGAUGUGGAGGCAGCGACAGCUGAAUGUGAUGGUGUUAUUGAUGAUGAUGACACAGUAGUUCAAGCUACGUACAGGAAUAGCACAGGAAAAUUGGUUAAUGUGAUUUACUUUGGUAACGAAGAAGUGAAACAUUUGAUGAGGUCUUGCGACAAAGUGUACAAAUAUUUGUUUAUUAGAAUUAAUGAUGAUUAUGUGAUGGGUAUCAAUUGCUCGUCUGGUGGCCGCGGAAUUCUAUUGGCGAAGUACCUACCUGGUCUUAGCGAGGUGCAGACGGUUGUAAGAGGCAUCGAAUUUAUGACUGGCCGGGAGGGGAAGCCUGACUGCCCAUUGCAGUAAUACUGAAAAUGUUUAUAUAUAGAGUGUGAUUUGUUACCGUCUAUUUUGUAAAAUUAUUUUAAAUGUUUUUUUUUUAAUAAACGUAAUUUAAU